AUGAACGACGAGCCCAGUCCGGAUGACUCUGAAGCUCGGUCUGUGUUCGUCUCUCAACUUGCUGCACGACUCACAGCCCGCGACUUGGGCUACUUCUUUGAGGACAAGCUGGGGGAAAACACGGUCAUGGACUCCCGCAUUGUCACGGAUAGGAUCUCCCGUCGGUCCAAGGGUAUUGGUUACGUCGAAUUCCGCACUGUCGAGCUUGUUGACAGGGCUAUCAGCCUGAGCGGAACGGUGGUCAUGGGUCUUCCUAUUCAGAUCCAACACACAGAGGCUGAGAGGAACAGGCUUCAUCCCGGUGAUGGCAAUCUGAACUUGCCGCCAGGUGUCAGCGCCCCGCACGGUGGCAUGCAGCUUUACGUCGGAUCUCUCCACUUCAAUCUCACUGAGUCCGAUAUCAAGCAGGUGUUCGAGCCAUUUGGUGAACUUGAGUUUGUCGAUCUUCAUCGCGAUCCCUCGUCUGGGCGCAGCAAGGGCUAUGCGUUUGUACAGUAUAAGCGUUCUGAGGAUGCGAAGAUGGCUCUUGAGCAGAUGGAAGGCUUCGACUUGGCCGGCAGAACUCUUCGGGUCAACACGGUUCACGAGAAGGGCUCUGCUCGUUACACUCAACAAGACUCUUUGGAUGAAGCCGGCGGCGGUAACUUGAACGCAGCGUCACGUCAAGCGCUGAUGCAGAAACUUGCCAGAAUUGACCCUCCUCCGACCAGACCAGAGCCGAUCUCGCGGCCUAACAUCCCCCAGACCAUGCAGUCGCGGUCGGUACUAAUGAAGAAUAUGUUUGACCCCGAAGAAGAAACCGAGCGUGACUGGGACAAGGAACUCGCCGAAGACGUCAAGGGAGAGUGCGAGUCGAAGUAUGGCCGCGUUCUUGCCAUCAAGAUCGAGAAAGAAACUGAGGGCGAGAUCUAUGUCAAGUUUGACACUGUGGAUGCUGCCAAAGGUGCCGUCGAUGGUUUGAAUGGCCGUUGGUUCGGCGGACGCCAGAUCACUGCUGCUUUCAUUUCCGAUGCGAUUAUGCAGGCACACCAGUGA